AUGUCAAAAAAAAAAAAGAAUUCAAAAAAUAAAAAUGUUUCGAAAUAUUUUGAUCCAAAAAUUAUUACAAUCAUCUUGCUACUUUCUUGUUACUUUUGUUACCAUAUAUUUGGCAGUGCGUAUAUAAUAAUUGUUUUAAUUCUUAUCAUAUUUCUAAAUCUAGAUUAUAGUAAAACUACAAAUGGCCAAUCCAUAAGUGCUUACUCGAUAUUCAACAAAGAUAAAAGAUAUUUAAUUGGUGACUUACGAAUGAAUCAAAUUGAAAAUGAAUUGAGACAUACCAAACCUACUACUUAUGAUGAUAGUGACAACUUUUUAAGAUACGACGAUAUUCAAAGAAACAAUAUAUAUAUAAAAGGAAAUUCUAAGUAUAACAAUAAAUUAUGUACUUGUGGGUCUAAUAAAAAAUUUAAAAAAUGUUGUGGCCGAAUAAAGAAUGACUCAUCCGACUAUUGA